AUGGACAGCGUCGACGAGGCGGCGGGCCCCGCGGCGGCCGCCUCCCGCCGUCACCGCCAGGCGGAGGGCCGGCCGAUCUGCCUCUCGAUCGACCUCAAUGAAAUCCCUUCGCCCUCCAGCGACACCCCGUCGUCGACCCCUACCUCUGGGCCCGCGACGGCCCCUGCGGUGGUCCUCCUCGACGCCUACGAGGUCGCCCUCAGGUUCCAUGCGAACCCCCCGGUGCCGCAGGGGCCGCUGGCGGAGUUUCCGGGGGAGGCUGGCGUGGGGCGGGUCUCUGCGUGCGGUGUUUGCAGCCGACCGGAGACCAAGGGGGACACUGUGGUGUGUGACCGCUGUGAGAAGGGGUUCCACCUAGGGUGCGCGAAGAUUAGGAGUCGCCAAGCGUUCUCACUCGACGACUGGAUCUGCAGUGACUGCAAACGGAGGCGGCACGACAGCAAGAGAUGGCCUCUCGGGACAGUGUCGGCUGCAGACCAGCGUGGAGGAGUUAGGCUGUUGGACAUCAACGCUCCGCCUCCUAGUGAUGGGGAUGGGGAUGGUGUCCCUGGAGGCCCGCCUGAGGCGCUUCCAAACCGUAGCAGUGUAUUCGAGGACACCAACAGGCAUUUUUCUCCCUUUAGUUUCUUUAUAUUUCUUCAGUCAACUUCUUUAUUCGCUUUCUUAAUUCCUCCAUGA